AUGUCAGGAGACAAGUUUGAAAAAGACCAUAAUCCUGCUGAGCUCUCUCUAGGCGAGUCCGACCAAGAUGAUAACGCCACCCUUUUUGGAUCAAAUGGAGACCCUCAAGGUCCUGCAGUAGCACACUUUAAUAUAAGGGAGGGAACAUUUGAUGAGAAUAACAUUUCAGUAUUGAACGGAAAUUCUGCGCAAGCAACAGAUUUGGCGAGGUCUCAAUUAUCGCAACUACAAUACAACGAGAACAGGAUAUCGUUAGAUCGCUCCAUCAAUACUGCCUCCAAUAUUUUGAGUAAUUUGCAAGCAGAGAAUAGCGUGCGUCCCAUCUACUACCCAACCAAUAUACAGGAUGAGACGUUGGACUCCAAGUUGAACUCAAAAAGCUCCAAGCUUGCUCUCAUAAGACACAACUCAGUGGGUAACUCUCAACAUUUAUUGACGGAGCAGAGAGGCUCAUCUUCUGAAACAUACAGUUUUGAACUCUUGAAAAUCAAUUUGAAAAUAGGACCUAGUUCCGAAAAUUUACUUCAAACGCUGGACAAAAGUGCUCUCUCUCAACUUUUAAACGAGAAAUUCUCGCAUAUAAAAAGACACUUGAAGUCUCUAGGGGAGAGAAUCGAUGAUACGUCCUCGAAAGUUCUGGUAACAGGGGAUUUGAACUCCGGCAAGUCUGCAUUUUGUAACGCUCUUUUGAGAAGGAAAGUGAUGCCCGAGGACCAACAGCCUUGCACAAAUGUGUUUUGUGAAAUAGUCGAUGCACGUGAUAACAACAACGGCAUUGAGGAAGUUCACGCGGUUCCUAUUGGAUCUGUCUAUCUGAAGAACGAUGAGCGAACAUACAAAAUAUUUCCUUUAGAAGAGUUGGAGCAUCUGGUUUAUCAAAGUGAACAUUACUCGCUUUUGAUAGUGUAUGUGACAGAUAAUCGGCCGGUGAAUCAGUCACUGCUCAAAAAUGGAGUCAUCGAUAUUAAGCUCAUAGAUGCACCAGGGCUCAAUUUAGAUUUUUAUCAUACCACACAGGUGUUUUCCAGACAAGAGGAAAUUGAUUUGGUCGUUUUUGUGGUGAAUGCCGAAAACCACUUUACCUUAUCUGGCAGGGAAUUUAUCUCCAGUGCGACAAAUGACAAAAACUUGAUCUUCAUUGUUGUCAACAAAUUUGACAAUAUCAGAGAUCAGAACAAAUGUAAGCGCAAGAUUAUGGACCAGGUUCACAGUCUGUCCCCAGAAACGUAUAAAAAUUCAAGCAAUUUCGUGCAUUUCGUUUCUUCCAGAGAAAUGAUCAAUCAGAAUCCCGGUGGUGAUGGUCCAGAUGGAAAUCCCGAUGAUGGAGAUGGCCCUCAUUCUCCCGAUUUUGACCAUUUAGAAGCUUCAUUGCGAAAAUUCCUCGUCGAAAAAAGAUCACUGUCCAAGCUUCUUCCUGCAAAAAACUAUCUCGUGAAACUCUACUCUGAUCUCAUUGAACUCUCUCAGAUCAAUGAAAAACUAUACAACGAAAGCAAGAUAGGCGCAGAGAAUGAGCUAAAGGAACUUGGACCUCAAUACGAUGAAAUCCUGCAAUUAUCAGCUAAGACAAACGAAAAGGUAUCAAGGUUAAUAGAGUCUGUGUCCUCUGAAGUUUACACAAAUUCGCGCGAUCAAAUAAAUCGAAUCAUUAACGAAGUGGAUCAUUUGAGCCUUGGUAUCAAAUUUGAAGGAUACUCCAAUAUCACUGAAUUUGCUCGACAGGUUCAGGAAGGAAUCAUAGGAAAGAUAUUGGAGGUAGUUAGUUCGGCUGAGGAACAUGCUCGUAACGAAACCAGUUCUGCCAUCGAUGAAAUCAAAAGAUUAGGAGUUCAAGCUCUCGGAGAAGGUAGUUUGCCUAACACAAGAUUCAUCCCUAGUUCGAUGUACUCGAAGAAAAAGGACAACUUGCAGCGCCAUAUUGAGAAUGAAGUUUCACUGUUUGACUUUGUUGACCCUAAUUUCGAAAGUUUUUGCAAGAUUUGCGGUAUCACUAUUCCUGAUUCGAGAACGAACUUACUCAUAGGCUUGACUGCCAAUAAACUCUGGGCAGGUGGUUUAUCGAGUAUGGCUAUUUUAUACGGACCUCAGGUUAUAUCGACUGUCACGGGGAUUGCUUCCAUAUCUAAUUACAUCCCUAAAUUUGUCGUUACUAAAGUUGUGCCAGGGACCUUGAUUGGAAUUGCAAUUGGAAUGCCGUUGUACUAUCUCUAUAAGGAUGCUCCUUACGCCUACCAAAGAAAUGUUGUGAAGAAAAUCAAAAGGAAAAUCGAGUCCGAAGAUUAUCAACACUUGAAUUCGCUGCGUAUAUCGAAGGAGGUGCGCAAAGUCUUGAAUUACCCUGCAAAGGACAUUUCAAAUGCUUUUGCAACCACAAUUGAGAAGCAGUCCUUGAGACGUUCGAAAAUUUUGAGCGAUCUGAAGACCAGUGAGAUCAGUUUAUCUUUCUACCGGGAAUUGACGAAACAGGUGAAAGAGCAAUAUCAGAUCGUGCAGUCUUUUGAUUUGGAAUCUGUUCAUACUGUCAAUUAGCGUGUAUAUACACAAAAUCGC